CACCUGAUAAUUUUACCAUGACCAAGCUUUAAGAGUUCAGUACCACACAAACACUGCCUCGAGAGUCCAUCCGUUGCUUUCAGUUCAACUGAAUUGGGAUUCCUUAAUAUUUUUCUAGUCCGCUAACUAACAAGCUUAUUCUGGUGUUUAGCUUAGGAGAUGGGCAAGAAUGACUGGGGCUUCAGGCCCAGCUGUAGGUGUCCGAGGCUCAAUGACCAAACUCUGGGACUUCUCCUCUAGCUUUGGACAGAAACUGGUGACUCAGGAAUGGGAAUCUUGGAGAGGGGGUGUAUUUGAGAGAACAAGCAUUACACAGGGCUAAUCUCUUUUCUUUUCUUACAGGGUUGGAAGAACAUCGUUCUCAGACCCUGAGAAAUCUGGACUCUUUUAGCAGUGUGCUACCUAAAGGAAUAUAAGGAGUUGCUACUUGCAGCUUCCUUGCAAUUAAUUUUUUGGUACUUGUACCUCUCUUUCUGUGGUUUUAGAUCAAGAAACGCCAUGAGCACAACUCAACGAAAGCGCCGUGGAAGAGCAGUUAAUUCUAGGCAAGCUCGGAAACGAAACAGGUUGAUGGCUUCAACCACAGGAACGGCUUCAGAAGCAGAGCCAGCAGAACUUGAAGAAAGUGCUGGUGAGGAAGUAGUAGAUCUCACAUGUGAAUCUUCUGAUCCUGUAGUCGUUGAUCCAACUCACAAUGAUUCUGUUGUGGUAAGUAGUGAAUAGCGCACUUAUCUAAAUCUUGUGGUCACGUUAGGUUUGUGUUGUGCUCCCUGAUAGAAUCUGACUUCAAGGAUAAGGUUUAAGUUUGGAGUUGACUUGCAAUGGCAUGAAAGCCAUGCGUUACAGGUCAACAGAGAAGCUGCUCUGGAGCUGGAGCUUAGCAAAGCCCUUCCUGGGCACUGCAAUACCGCCGUGUUUUCCCAGACUGUUGUGAAUGUGCAUGGGUACUUUUCUUGAAGAAUUGCUGCUUAAAUGUCUAUACAAAAACUGUAACCAGUUUAAGCAGUCUAGAGGUGAUCCGAUGCCUUUUCGUUGCGUAGACGUGGUGAUAAACGCAUUUCAAGUAUGACAUUCUCUAAGGAUGUAGACCCCUCGUUCACUAAGUGUUAGUCUAAGGAUCAGAGGAAGUCUGGUAUACUCGUCAUGGCGCAGUCGUGAAUGUCGAUGAAGAAUCCUGCGGAGAAGUACGAAGCUUGAGGAAUCUGGAAGGCCGAAUGCUAAGGCAUGGAAGAAUUCUGUUGAAAUGCGUAUUUGACCUCUAUUUGAAGACGCGUACAGUAAAAGGCAGCGGAUGUCAUGAAUGCAGAAGUAAAACUUAAUCCUUACAAGGUUUGGGUUUGGGUCAUAGUUUACCGAGGCCUUAGGUAUUCAAAAAGUCAUCGUCUGGGCUUGUCUUCUGGCAUCUCAGUAAGUAGCCUGACUUAAAGGGUUAAAACGCGGCUUUGAUUUGCCACUUUAGACAGAGUUCCCGUUCAACCCCAAAUGGGCCUAUGAAUGCGUCAACAUCUAGGAGUAUCACUUCCCGAUAGUGGCAGAGUAAUCUAAAAUAGCUUGCUGCUCCAGAACUUGGGGAGAAUACAUACCAGUGAUGGCUACUGUAACAUAAGGAGAUGCACUUUCAAGCUGAAGCUAUGAUAGCUGUAUCAAAGAUACAGGCGAAUGACUUAAAUAAAAAGCAAAGGAGGUAACAGUUAGUCUGUGACUUCAGAAAUAUGAAGUGUUUAGCUGCAAUGUCAGUUGAAGGUACUCCUGUCGGAGAGAUGCCAAGCGCAACUGUAGCUGGCCGUGGUACAAACUAGUUCUGGUUUUGGCUGGGAUAGAGUUAAUUUUCUUUCUAGUAGCUGGUAUAGUGCUAUGUUUUGGGUUCCCUGUGAGAAGAAUGUUGAUAACACACUGACGUUUUCAGUUGUUGCUAAGUAGUGUUUAGACUAAUGUCAGGGAUUUUUCAGCUUCUGAUGCCCAGCCAGCGAGAAGGCUGGAGGGGCACAAGAAGUUGGGAGGGGACACAGCCAGGGCAGCUGACCCCAGCUGGCCAAAGGGGUAUUCCAUACCAUGUGACAUCAUGCCCAGUAUAUAAACUGGGGGGAGUGGGGCUGGGAGGGAUUGCUGCUUGGGAACUAACUGGUCAUCGGUUGGUGGGUGGUGAGCAAUUGCACUGUGCGUCACCUGUAUAUUCUAAUCCUUUUAGUAUUGCUAUUGUCAUUUUAUUAGUGUUAUCGUUACUAGUUUCUUCCUUUCUGUUCUAUUCAACUGUUCUUAUCCCACGAGUUUUACUUCCCCCCCCCCCCCAUUCUC